CAGCACCUUUUUAAAAAGAACAAAUGAAACUGGCAUUUCUCUAAUUUGUAAACAUGCGUUAAUAAUAAUCUACACGUGCGGAAAUUUAGUUUUUUUUUUACGAGAAAAUUGAUGUUUGUUAAAUCCUUCAAAUAAAAUGGGUCGUAAAAACAAGCAAAAUCCUUUUGCCGCCAAAAAACGUCAAAAGAAAGAGCAAUUGGCUUCUGGUACUGAUCGUCGCACGGAACCUUAUGAAGAAAUCAAACGCGAUAAUGAGAAAUUUGAGAAAUAUUAUCGUCUUCAAAAUAUAUGUUCGGACGCCGCAGAAUGGCAGCAAUUUUCAGUCACUAUACGCGAGAACUUACCAUCCGCUUUUCGUGUUACUGGCUUUAAGCACGAGGCCAAAGCUUUAUUGAAUAUCAUAAAAACCGAACUUUUUGCCGAAUAUAUUCGGGGAGUAGCUGAGUUGCGGGGUACGCCUGCAGACCAAGUAGAGCGUCCUUUGUGCCUCCCUUGGUAUCCUGGUGGCUUAGCCCAUCAAUUGCAUUUAACCCGCAAAGAUAUCAGACGUUCCGAACCUUUAUAUCGCUUACACAAUUUUCUUAUAAAUGAAACCAAUGCAGGAGCAAUAAGUAGGCAAGAGGCGGUUUCCAUGAUACCACCCAUUGUUUUGGACGUUAAGCCAACAGAUAAAGUUCUAGAUAUGUGCGCUGCGCCUGGCUCCAAAACAGCUCAACUUAUUGAAGCUCUACAUGCGGAGCCAGAGAAAUUUAAAAUACCCCCAGGUUUUGUUUUGGCCAAUGACGUAGAUAAUAAUCGCUGUUAUAUGUUAGUGCACCAAGCUAAACGUUUAAAUUCGCCUUGUUUUUUAGUUACAAACCAUGAUAGCGCUUAUUUUCCGAACUUAAUGAACAGUGAAGCUAAUGGCGUGAAAGCUGUAAUGAAAUUUAAUAAAAUCCUCUGUGACGUACCGUGCUCUGGGGAUGGCACAUUACGUAAAAAUCCAGACAUAUGGUUAAAAUGGAAUUUGGCGCAAGCCUAUAAUUUGCACGGCAUACAAUAUCGAAUAAUCAGACGUGGUGCUGAAAUGCUUGAAGUGGGCGGCCGUUUAGUUUAUUCAACUUGCUCCCUCAAUCCCAUAGAAAACGAGGCUGUAAUUCAGAGAAUAGUAAGCGAGUAUCAAGGUGCAUUAGAAAUCGUGGAUGCCUUACAUUUGCUGCCUGGCUUGAAAUGUAAGCCAGGCUUAACCGAGUGGAAAUUGGCUUCUAAAGAAGUUGAUGAAGUGUACAGUAACUUUAAAGAAGUCCCAGACAAAUAUCACACUAUAAUACGCCCAAAUAUGUUCCCUCUACCCAAGGACCAAAUGGCAAACUUAGGACUAGAAAAAUGUAUACGGAUUUUACCGCAUUUUCAAGAUACAGGCGGUUUCUUUGUGGCCGUCUUGUGUAAGAAACGUCAGUUCCCAUUCGAAAUAAAUGACGUUAAGCAUUUAUUUCCAAAAAAAGCUGAAGUAGAAGUCGCGCCAAAAUCAUCUGAAAAUAUACAAAUUGACGAAGGGAAAUUAAUACCUUGGGGGCCGCAGCGAAAACGUCGUCGUUUGCAUGGCUAUAAAGAAGACCCAUAUGUAUUUUUUGAAGAAAACGAUCACGAUUGGAAAGAAAUGCGAGAAUUUUUCGAUUUAGAUUGUUCUCUUAACUAUCGCUGUCUGUUAACUCGGUGCGUUACAGAGAAAAAAAAAAAUGUUUACUAUUGCUCGGAAUUGAUCAGAGAUUUAGUUUUGCUUAAUGAGGAUUCUAUAAAAAUCAUUAAUACCGGUGUCAAGGCUUUCGCUCGCUGUGAAAAUCGUCACACUGAUUAUCCAUUCCGUUUAGCUCAAGAAGGUCUGCAAACAACUAACGCAUUUAUGGGGCCAAAAAGACGUGUUGAAAUAAAUAAAGACGAUCUUAUAUUGUUAUUAAAAUGCACGGAUCCUACCAAGCCUCCAUCCACAACAUUGUUGCAGGAAAGCACCCAAGAACGGUGUCAACAAUUAAGUGUUGGAAGCUGUAUUAUUAAAUAUACCGAUCAACGUUUCACGCUAAACGUGGUUGGUUGGCGAGGUACAUCCAGUCUUCGCGCUUAUGUUGACAAAAAUGAGACCAUGCACAUCAUGCGCCUGCUGGGAGUUAACCCAAGCGAAUUUGAAAUCAAUAAAUAUGAAAAAGCUCGCGAAGAAGCCUUAAAGACCGCUGAAAAAAGUCUCGAAGAAUUACCUGCUGACGAAACUAAAUGUUUUGGAGAGGAUGCACAAAACUAAUGAAUUGAAUUCUUAGACUAAAAAAAAAGACAUUGAGCACUAGCAACACAGGCUUUCGGCAAAGAAUAAUGCAAAGAAUAUUCUUGUGUAGAAAUUUUUCGUUUUUACUAUCCAAUUCCAAAGGGUGUAAUGCUUGCAACACUAGAGCGUGCCAAACACAAGCCCAGAACUACAAAAAAAAAACCCAUAUAUAUAUCAGGGCCCUGUUUAUUGCUAUAAAGUCAUUUGAAUACGUUACGUGGGAUUAACUGUACAAUUGGAAGAUUUUCCAUUUGUUUUGAAAAUGUAAAAAUUGUACGCGAGAUUUUUUAUUUUCUGCAGAGAAACCUUCAAGAUCAAAACACUUUGGGCAUUUCUCGGUGUCGAAGCGAUUCAAAAAUGGUAAUAUUAAAUAUAAGCGCAAAGUCUCCAAAACCAUAUUUAAAUAUUGCAAUGAAUUGAUUUUCUCAUACCUUAGAUCACCAUUGAAAAUAGCUCCUGAAUUCCUUAAGUCAUGUUUGUUAAAACUUUUGACUUUUCUUGUCUUUACUUAGCUACCACAUAAAAGGAUACAUUUGUUUAAUUUUUCGUAGUUCCAUUAUUGUAUUAUUACCUGCAUACACAAAAACUUAAAAUUAUUAACUUGAUUCGUUCGUGAAAGUUUGAUAUUAUUUCUUA